AGAGAGAGAGAUAGUGAGGGAGGCAGUGUGCAGGAGGAGCGAGUGAGAGAGCAAGCGAGCGAGUGCGCGGGAGGGAGGUGUAAUACGUCAGCUUUCCUCUCUCCAGCUCUGUGAAGCAGGCAGGCAGAAGCAGGUUGAUUCCCUCCGAGCGUUCUCAGCGAUUGCUUUAGUGUCACUGGAUGCAGCACCUCAUUUCCUGCAAUCUCUGCAAAAGGAGCAUUGCAGCACCCAAACGGCAUCCUGUGCUGAAGCUUCGGCGCUUUGAUCUUGCAGCAGGGCUUGUGUCUGUACGAGCCAUUCAUGUCAUUUCACCAGGACUACAUUUCAUCUUCCGGCAUCUUCAUGUUGCCGGUUUCCUUGACCAGUCGAGUCGGCAAGUGACAGGCAAUUGCUGAACUGAGAGGGACUCUGGAUCUUUAGACGCACUGAGCUUUCAACACCUCUUGUCAGGACCUUGCUUCUGCUAAAGAAACCUUAAAACCUUGGUUUUGCAACCUGCCGAAAACAGGAACUGAGCAUAUGACACCGGUUUCAGAGUCCGCUCUCGUGUGACCUGAGUGAAGAGCCUGCUGCUAAAGCUUGAUAAGCAAAUAACAGAAGAAGCAAGCAAGAAGAGCUAUCCCUUCCUCCGGUUUCCAUAUCCGAACCCGCAUCCAUAUCUGUUUCUCUUGAGGUGACCGGAAGCUCUGACCCUUCACCUGAGCCGGCAGUCCUCAUUGCCCUCUCCUUCCUUCACUGCCUGGAGCCUGGAAUGGUGCCGGGGGCCCCUGAAGGCCCUGGAGCCGCCCAACCUGGACGUGGCCCCGCAAAUGACCGGCAGCAAUAGCAUGAGCAGCGGCUACUGCAGCCUGGAUGAGGAGAGCGAUGACUUUACCUUCUUCACCGCCAAGACCUCCUUCUUCCGGAGGCCGCAUGGAAAGCAGGGGCCCAAGAAGGCCACUAAAGAGGAAGAGGAGGAGAACCCAAAGUCCCUCAGUGAGGAAGAGGUCAAGUCCAAGAUAGAGGAGUACAAUUCCAAAGUUUCUGAAAAUGGAAUGAAUUUAGCUGAAGAUGGCACCUACACCGGCUUUAUUAAGGUCCAUCUGAAGCUGCGGCGGCCCGUCACCAUACUGUCCCCGGAUGGAAAGGCCCCAGGCUGCAGUCCGGCCGCCGACGUUUCGGACAGACGCACGUCCUUCUACAUGCCCAGCGACACGGUCAAGCAGCUGCACAUCAGCAGCACCACCACGGUCAACGAGGUCAUCCAGGGCCUGCUGAAGAAGUACACAGUGCAGGACAAUCCACGCAAAUUCGCCCUCUACAGGAGGACCCACAGGGACGGCCAGGAUCUUAUACAGAAGCUGGCCGGCACUGAGCACCCGCUGUUCCUGCGUCUGCUGGCCGGUCCAGAUCUGGAGAACCUCUCAUUUGUGCUGAAGGAGAACGAGACCGGGGAGGUAGAGUGGCACGCGUUCUCUGUUCCUGAGCUGCAGAACUUCCUGACCAUCCUGGAGAAGGAGGAGAGGGAGCGGGUGAAGCAGGUGGAGCUGCGCUACACAGCCUACAAAAACAAGCUGAUGGAGGCUCUACAGGAGGUCCAGAACAAGCCAGGCUAGAGCAGGAGGUCCGUCUCUGCCCCUCGGUUCAGUCACUGAGCCCGCCUGGAGCCCGACUGCGGACUCUGGACCCUUCAGACCCAUCAACAAACUUUCUCAACAGACCUCUCCACUCAGGACUCAAAGGACGUUCUGUUCCGAAAGCCCUCUGCAUCAUUCUGCACCACAGCGCCCCCUCUGCUAACACGAGCCUGAUGAACCUUAACGAGAGGACUGGGGUGAGUGGUGGAGGGGGAGGAGCAGGACGACCAGAGUGGGACACACCGAGAACUGAAUCAAGAGACUUUCCAGCACGCUGGUAAAUGGAGUGUGUUCCUGACUGACGUGGUUUAUUCCGAUGUGUGAAUGGGAAUUCCGAAUUGCGUGUGUUUGUUUUGUUGGCUCGGGUCUGUUCACGUUAAUUUUUACGAUGCUGCUGCUGCUGCUACCGCUGCUACUGCAAGUGUUACUUAAAGCAUGACUUUCUGACUUUCUCUUUGGGCCUCACGCUGUAUCUUAAGGCCUGAAAUGUACUCAGCGCAAGGGAAUGAACAGCUAUGGUUUCAGCUGCGUUUCGGAAUUCUCGAAGGUUCGAAUUCUGGUCAUGCUGAUGGCCAUCAGCAGCCAGAGUCAGAGAGAGCACAAUUGGCCUUGCUCUCUUUGGGUGGGUAGAUGGUGCCCUCUCCCCAGAUCACUCCUAGGGUGAUGCCGAUCAGCACAAGGCGUCUGUGAGCUGAUGUAUCAGAACCGAGUCGCUGCGCUUUCCUCCGAGUGCGCUGUGAUGCUACUCUGUAAUGCUGCAUCAGCAACUGUUUGAAAAGAGGCGUAGUCUGACUUCACAUGUAGCAAAGAGGCAUGUGCUAGUCGUCACCCUCCUGAUGUUGGGGCAUCACUAGUGAUGGGGGAGUGGCGCUGAUGAAGCUAAAUUAGAGGAAAAAACGGGAUAAAACAAAAAAAAGAAAUCUAUAUAAAAUCUGAUUGCUGCCGUUACCUGUUUAUUCAAGUAUUUAUGUAAACAGAAAGACCCAUAAGAUCCAAAAAUCUAAGAAAUCUGAUAAAAAGAGCUGGAUUUUAUCUUAGUAUUCAUAUUUCUCAAUGCUUGCAUACUCUUAACCAGAGUAUUCUCCGAUUUCUCAGUCCGGGCAUGCGUGAAAAUGGAAAUAUUGGCAUUUAGGUUCUUGGCCUUGCGUUAACUAUAUUUCAGGCUUUAUCCAGGAAAAGUAAGAACAAGGUGGGAGCUCUCACCUUUGUUUUAAUCAGGCUACGAAGAGAUGACUGAGGCCAGGGUUGACGUGUAAAAGCUUGAGGGAGCUCCAGAUCUGACCCAUAGAUCCCAUAGAUUACACAGAUCACAUGCUGGUUAAAACCUACUGUAAAAAAAAAACACAAAAACGAAAAAAACAAACAAACAAAAAAAUCAAUACUCUCUCCAUUGACUGCACUCACUCACUUGCAUUUGACUGCAUAAUCUAUACUCCUGGGACGCUCUUAACUAAUAACUUCAUUGUGAACAGUGUACUGUACUCAGCUCUUCAGCUGAAUCUUCUCUCACCCUCCUCUGCAGAGUCAAUAAGCCAUUUGGCCACAGCUUUCUCAGAUACGCAGAUCGCAAGAUACACACGGCCUCCAAAUCAAUAGAUACGAUCGAUACUCUUCCUUAUCAAAGAUCACAGCCAGCGUGGCUGCUUCCUUAGGAGGCAACAUUAGGCCACGUUACAAUACUCCCAUUACUCUUUUAUGCUAGAAGGUAAAUGAUUAGAUGACUGUCACGCCGAAUCCGCCGACAACAUUAUAUCAUCCAUAUACAUGCAUGUGAACUUUCAGAGGAAAAAAAAAAAGAAAAAGAUCGAGGAUGCUUUUCUUUCCAGCCUGAUUAAUGUAUUAUAAGCAUGUCCUGACGCUUAUAAGAGUUUAUGAACCGUUCGCCCUACAGAAAUGUGAAGCAGACUAUCUUAUUAGCGUUUCGUGUAGACUGUUACAAAAGAGCAUUUACCGGUAGUGUGUGAGAUUAGUCAAAAGAAAGGAAUGUUUCAUAUGUUUUGGUGUGCUAUGAAAGCGUAUGGAAGCGCCCAGCCUCAGCACUGAACAUGCCGCGCCACUCCAGCCUGUUGAAUAUUAAAUGAAUAUACAGUAAUUUAUUAAAAUAGAAAAUAAGAGUGACCGGUUUGAGUUGUAAAGACCCCUAUUCGCAGAUGACCUCAGAAGUAGGAGUGCUGUUUUUAGACAGAUUGGACAUUGGACAGAUUAGCAUAUAAAGUAAUAUACUAGUUGAUAUAGAGUAUAUACAGCUCUGAAAAUAAUUAAGAGACCACUUCAGUUUCUAAAUCAGUUUUUUAAGAUCUUAGAAAACGCAAAGAAAACAAGUUCAUUUUCAUAAGUUUUAAGAGAUCAGAAAUCAAUAUUUGGUGGAAUAACCCUGGUGUUUAAUCACAGUUUUCAUGCCAUCUUGGCAUGUUCUCCUCCACCAGUCUUACACACUGCUUUUGGAUAACUUUAUGCCUUUACUCCUGGUGCAAAAAUUCAAGCAGUUCAGCUUGGCUUGAUUGCUUGUGAUCAUCCGUCUUCCUCUUGAUAAUAUUCUAGAGGUAUUCAAUUUGGUAAAAUGAAAGAAACUCAUCAGUGGUCUCUUAUUUUUGUCCAGAGCUGUAGAUGAUUUUUUGAGAAGACUUGUUUCUGUACUCACUGUUAAUCUGUAAGCACUUUGUAGUUCUAUAAUUACAGACUGACGUCCACAGCAGUGCUGCUGGAGUUUUUAAACACCUCAGGGUCACUACUGGACUGAGAAUAGUCCACCAAUCAGACUGCUUUAGGCAGUGUCCUGUGAGCACUGAUAAAAGACUAGAGGAUGACCAACACAAACUUUGCAGCAGCAGAUAACCUUAGGUGGUAGAUUUACAAGGUGGUGCAGCUAUAGGUAGAAGUCCUAAUAGAUUGGAGGACAGUGAGUGAUUAAACACAGUGUUUAAAAACUCCAGCAGCACUGCUGUGUUUGACCUACUCUAUCUACGUCUAUAAUCCAAUAUCUGCUCUGGUGGUCCUGUUGGGGUUCUGAGCAUUGAAAAACAGGGUAAAAGGAGGAUAAUGAAAAAGUAUGCAGAAUUACAGUCUGUAAUUAUAGAACUGCAAAAGUGUAUAAUAUGUGUAGAAACAAGGAGGUGAUCAAUAUAUUCUCAUCAUAAAAUUAUACUCUAUGCGGUCCAAUCUCGGAUCAGCACUCCAGCUGUGAGAGAAUUGUGAAAUAUGAGGUUUUUUUGGGCAAACGGAGGCUGGGGUCUGUCUUUCUUAAGCUGAGAAACACCACAGUGGAUAUUACACCAAAGUUUAUCAGGACACAUUACCCCUAGUAUUUUUUAAUGCAGGCAAAAGGGGGAUAUGUCUGAUGAUGUAAAUCGUGUGUAUUGUAGAUUUGAGACUUCUAUGAUUUUGCACACCAACAUAGGCCACCAAGUGGUCAGCCAGUAUAUAAAUAUAUAUAUUAUAAUCCUGAAUAUUCUGACUAUUCUGUGAUGAGGGCAUGAGAUGCUUUGUGCUUUUCCCCUUCUUUCUGUUUCUGAAAAAAAUGUACUUUAUCAAAGGAUUUCAUGCCGCUUUAUUGUGAGUAUGCUUCUUAAAGGGCAGGUCCACCAAUUUUUCAAAAUUUCGUGUUUUUUUUUUUUUGCAGAAUUUUGCAGACAUUAACGUGUGAACAGCUUUUUUUUUUAGACUGGUCUGGUUCUUCUAAAGCAUAACAUGAAUGCACACUUGAUGUCCAAGUAUUUGUGGAUAGUCCCUUUCAAUGAGUGCUGCAUUAGCCUACCGUAUUUUUUUUAACUUAUAAGGCGCACCGGAUUAUAAGGCUCAUUUUAUGCAAUUCUAGUAAGGACAUGUUUUCCUUCUAAUUCUGUUUGUUCCAAAGGUGAGACCUGUAAGGCUAAGCUAAGUACACAAAACUGUAAUUCCUAAAAAGUCAGAGAAGUCAAACGAAUGCUGGAUAUUAAUGGUUUUCUCUCCUGAAAACUGUUUAUUUGGAUGAAUAAGGCACUUCUGUUAAUAAGGCACUUAUUAACAGUAAUCUUAGAUUUCCAGAUUUCCAUUAGCAUUAGUUGGUAAUCCUAAUGCUGCUUCAGCAGUGCUAGAUAGGGUUAGCAGCAGGCCACAGGCCGAUAAUACUCCCCUCUGGACGGCCAAUGAGCUAGUGCUUAGCACAGUUAGCGGCUAUGGCUAAUACUGCUGGAGAACUAAAUUGAAACUCCUCUAUAACGCUGUACUUUAGCAGAGUGGCUUUUCUGCUCCUUACAACCUGACUAGUAAAAUUCACACAUUGGUAAAAUUAAAGGAUUGUAAGUGUGCCUUAUAAUGCAAAAAAUACGGUACGGGACUCUCUGGAGCAGAUAAAUUAAUAUGAACCCAUUGGCACCAAUGGUACGAAAUUGGCUAGAAUUGUAUAAAAGUCCAACCUCAACUGUGUUUUCCAUCCAGUGAUGGUGCUCCAUCUAUUAAUUUGGAGCGGAAUGCAAUCAAACUCUCACAGCAAUGUUUCAAAAUCUAGUAAGUAGAACGCUUCCCUCUCAGGACAGUAGAAACAGGUACUCAAACAGCAUAAACUCGUACUGAAGAGUACAUCACAACCCUUUCACACCAAACCACUCUAAAAAUGUUACUCAUUAAGAUCUUUUCCAGGCCCAUUCAUGCAUUUUUUCAACAGGAUAAUGCAAAACCACACGCUGCACACAUUACAAAGGCAUGGCUGCGCUCCUAGGCCUUUUUUUGAUAGAGAAUGGAAAGGUUUGAAAAGGCAAAAUACAUUAACAAUUAGUUAAUGUCCAGUGAUUUUGAAAAAUCGGUGGCACUGAUGAUGUACAGCAUACAGUAUGAUGUGUGUAUGUGAUUUAAUUCUGUCUGCGACACUGUAAGAGUAUCAUAACUGUGUCUAUGGUCAUUCUGAAGUUGCUGAAGUUUUACUGGAAAGCACAGAAAAAAGAUGAUGGGCCAACGAGGGAAGACUAACAAAGUGUGAUGUGUACAAUCUGAUCGCCGUGACAGCCGUGAGAUUCAGCCUGUGCUUUAUCCCUCUCACCCAACGCUCAAGCACAUUCAGGCUCGUUAGAAGCCGGGGACAAUCCAAACAGGCUGACGGCCCAGUGUAAAUAUCACCGUGCUAAGUGUCAGGAAGGCUUUCGGUUCAGGUUUGGAUGAGGUUAUAUUGGGGAUUUGUUGCACGGUGGGAUUGCCUGUGUUGAAUUAAAGGAAUAGUUCAGCAUUUUUCAACCUGAUUCUAUAGGCUGUGUUUGUAGUGUACAGUCAAUUACCACAGACAAUGAUUUAAUAAUGUGUUUCCCUGAAAAACAGAAAACACUUCACCUCACGAAAUCCUUCGCCGUUCUCUAAUGGUUAACAUCAAUUUCAUAGACCGUUGAAUAGAACCCUGUGGGACUUAACAAAGUAUGCUAAAAUGUUAGCAAAUAGGGCUCAGAGUGGCUCAGCAGACUAAUACGCUGACACACUGGGACAAAAAUUGACUGAGCAUUAGCAGCCAGAGUCCGAGAGAUGUCAAAAGACAGAAAUCAGCCAUGGGACAGCAUCAUGUAAAUCAAUCAUGAGGUGUUAUCUAAGAGGACAGCUUAUCACCCACACCUGUACAAUAUAUAAUGUUGUGAGGUGUUUUUUUCUGAGUUAGGUUGAACACAAGGCUAAUAUUACCACCUACAGCUGACACUGGACUCAUAUUUUUAGUGCAAGAGGUCCCACACAUAUUCCACAGGUCAGUCAGUGCAGUGUGGCAAAGUCUUGGUACAAAAAAAAUCCUGUUAAAAUCUUAGACUGUCUGUGGUACGCGAUAGUAUAAUACAAACAUUGGAAUAUAGAGAUACAGAGGUUGAAAAAUGCUGGAAUAUUUCAUUAUCUGGCCUCAAAUAAACACUGUAACAGUCAAUUUAACACUGUAAAAGGCUAGAAAUGAAGUCCAGGAAAGUCAUUCACCCUGCUCCUUGACCCUGCACUGAUCUUUGCCCCUGUGCUGUACUAGUGUUCUGCUUUGGUGCGGUUGUAACGCCUCACGGUGGACAGGAGGAGGCAAAACACCCAACCAUAAGCAGACCAACAGCAAAAGAAAAACUAGAGCAGGCCUCUCAUCCCUGUGUGCUGAGGUCGAUUCUCCUUCAUGGCCAUGUUCCUGCUGGCAGUGCCUUUUGUCUGUGUGUAGCCUGACCUUAAAGUUUGUAUAUAUAGAUAUAUAUAUAAUAUGCUGUGUAUGUCUGCCCCAGUAGCCCCACAUGUCCAGAGACUAUAGAAGAUUACAAGCAUGGAGGCAGGAACCUGGUGCUUUCCUUUAACGUGGCAGAACUCUCAGCUCCCUGUGGGACUCUGAGGAUAAGCGUUAAAUGUGUGCAAGAGAGAGAGAGAGAGCGAUUGUGUGAAUGUGCCGAUUGUGCGAGUGUUGUGUUUAACUUAUUUUAUGAUCCACUUUUCUCAGUGUGUGUAAAUUUAAGGGUUGUGGGCAAAUCAAUGCUGUCUGGCAAUCUUUUAUGUUUUUGAAGAUUUAAAUCUGUAAAGCGUCUAUUAAAGCUGUAUAAAGAAUGAAUAAUAAUAAAAACUGGUCAUCCUUUCA